UGCUGAAGAAGGGAGAAGUUACAGGGAACGUCACCGAUCGACCCUCGGAGAUGGCGGCACGCCAGGCCUUACAGUCACGUCGUCAUCCCGCUUGCAGUCAGCCCAUGUACUUCCGCUGCCUCAACGGCUCGGACUACGAUCGUGGCGAGUGGAUCUUCGUCCAGCGGGAGAGAGACUCGCCUCAGCCGGGCCGGGGCUCGUGUCGGCGCUGGCAGCCAGACAAGGUCUGCGCCCGGGACUCGCCGGCGCACUUCCGCAAGCGCCAGGACUGCGUACAGACCUGCGAGUUGCGCAGGGACAAGCGCUGCCUGGCACUGGUCACGGAGCGAUUCCUGCGGCCCUGCUCCAGCUCGUCGCAGGACAACCCGCGCCGGUUCUGGUACUACGACCGCGUGCAGCGCGUCUGCGCCCGGUGGGCGCCCGCCAUCAUGUGCGCCUACAACGCCUUCCGCUCGGUCGGCCAGUGCAAGAUAAUCUGCCUGGUGCCGCACCACGGCGACUAACGCCCUGCGGAAACGUCAAAUGACAUCCUGUUGUAUCUAUAAGGCUAUAAAACAUGUCGCACAAUAUACGAUUAUUAUACGUUGAAAUCCCAGAGUAGUCAGCUAUACGAACACGCCGUUCGCGCUGCGGUGGAAGCGGACAGUUCAACGAAGCAAAUAGAGUCUCUUAACUGU